CCAGCAGUCAGCCUGCGGGAGACAGAGCCUCCACGACUCCCAGCCUCCUCCUCCCUGCCGCCGCCUCCUCCUCUUCCUCCUCCUCCUCCCUCGCUCUCACAGCCAUGUCUGCUUAGACCAGAGCAGCUCCAAGCCAAUUCAGGCAGCAGCGGCCGCCGCAGCAGAAGGACAGCCACCGCCCGGGAGCUAUGACAGGAGUGUUUGACAGAAGAGUUCCCAGCAUCCGAUCCGGCGACUUUCAAGCUCCGUUCCCGACUUCUGCCGCCAUGCACCAUCCGUCUCAGGAAUCGCCAACUUUGCCCGAGUCGUCGGCCACCGAUUCUGACUACUACAGUCCCGCGGGGGCCGCCCCGCACGGCUACUGCUCUCCUACCUCUGCUUCCUACGGCAAAGCGCUCAACCCCUACCAGUACCAGUACCACGGCGUGAACGGCUCCGCAGCCGGCUACCCGGCCAAGGCUUACGCCGACUACAGCUACGCCAGCCCCUACCACCAGUACGGCGGCGCCUACAACCGCGUCCCGAGUGCCACCAGCCAGCCAGAGAAAGAAGUGGCGGAGCCAGAGGUGAGGAUGGUGAAUGGUAAACCAAAGAAAGUUCGUAAACCCAGGACUAUUUAUUCCAGCUUUCAGCUGGCCGCAUUACAGAGAAGGUUUCAGAAGACUCAGUACCUCGCCCUGCCAGAACGCGCCGAGUUGGCUGCCUCUCUAGGACUGACGCAAACACAGGUGAAAAUCUGGUUUCAGAACAAAAGAUCCAAGAUCAAGAAGAUCAUGAAAAACGGGGAGAUGCCCCCGGAGCACAGUCCCAGCUCCAGCGACCCUAUGGCGUGUAACUCGCCACAGUCACCAGCGGUGUGGGAGCCCCAGGGCUCAUCCCGCUCUCUCAGCCACCACCCUCAUGCCCACCCUCCGACCUCCAACCAGUCCCCCGCUUCCAGCUACCUGGAGAACUCGGCUUCCUGGUACCCAAGCGCAGCCAGCUCAAUCAAUUCCCACCUGCCGCCGCCGCCGGGCUCCUUGCAGCACCCGCUGGCCCUGGCCUCCGGGACGCUCUAUUAAAUGGGCUGCUUGCUCUCUCUGUCUUGCUCAGUUUUGGGACUACAGUGUUUCGCUGUUUUAGAAAUCAGAAAGGAAGGAAUUCAUACGGGGAUGUUUGGAAAAUGGAAACAACAACAACAACAAAAAAUUCAUGUGUAAAGCUUUUUUUUUGCAUGUAAGUUAUUGCAUUUCAAAGGACCCCCUCCCCCUUUUUUACGAAAAAAAAACCUUUUUUUUUUGCGCAACUGUGGACACUAUCAAUGGUGCCUUGAAAUCUAUGACCUCAACUUUUCAAAAGACUUUUUUCAAUGUUAUCUUAACCUUGUAAAUAAGUGUAGAUAGAGGAAUUAAACUGUAUAUUCUGGAUAAAUAAAAUUAUUUCGACCAUGAAAA